AUGACAACUGUCAUCACUAUCGGAGAUGAUAUACCCUUCGAUGCAAAUGUAUGGAUUGGGCAGAAAAAGAAAUGGCACAACGAUAUUCCCUGGGAAGUCAUACGAGAAAAGAAUCGAGUUCUAACGCCGCCGCCAGCCCAGGCUGCCGAAAUCCUCCCGCCAUCCAGUCUAGCGAUCAGCAGCUUUGCCCAUCUGCCAUUGCCUCGAAUCUCCUCCAUUCUCGUACAUGCCGAGAGCCCAUUGUGGUUCAGCAACGAGGAGCCCACAUGUGAUGUCGCACGUCUUGCCGAUCGCACCGUCCCGCAUAAAAUGCUUCUCGAUAUGCUGUCCCGCAAGAUUGGGCAGGCAUGGCUGAAUGGAGCAAGAUCAAUCACUGAUCCACGAUACAACGAAGGAAACGAACGCUUGCUGUUGUACACUCUGACUCUGUGGCAGAGACUGGCGGAAGUGCAUGGGAUCCAGGUCCAGUGGAAGCGCGGGAUGGAUUGGCUGGAAAAGGAAAAGGAUCAUUUCAAUACCGGUCCAGCGCACAAAGAGAUACAGGACGCACUUGCCUCAAUGACACGCGUUGGGUGGGCUGUACCCCUCAGCUUCAUCCAGAACACCACAACGACUGCCGAUCUGAAAGAGUUCGUUUCGUCCGUGUGGCUGCGAACAACAAACAUGGACAUCAUGAUGGAGAGUCUGCGAGUGCGCGUCGAGGCUGAUGUGGAUGAUGAAAAAGCAUGCAAGAGCAUUGUUGCACCGAUGUCAUUUGUGAAGGAUGUCGUGAAGGGGGACAAGGAAGGGUAUUUGAGGAGGACGGUGCCACUGUUAGCAAGGUACGAGAAACUUGUGAGUGAGGGCAAGAAGGAUCGGCUGGUUUUCAUCACCAAUGUGAGCGAUGAACACUGGGUGGCAGGAUGCAUCGAUUUUAAAGGACACAAGAUUCUAUUUGGCGACUCCAUGCCAGAGAAUCUCCGCUACCCAAUUUCGAAGAAACUGCUUCAAGGCCUUCAGCAUUGGGUCCAGCGUCGGUUUGAAAGCACCUUUUCAGUCGAAGCUGAUGGGUUGACGCACGGCACCCAGCUUGACGCAGUGUCUUGUGGUGUUGUAGCAGUGAAUACGUGCGAGAGGGCCAUAUACCCAGAUACUGCGGUCUGGAAAGGCAAACACGCUGUGCUCUAUCGGGUGCAGCAUUUCAACAAGUACAUUGCAGAUGUGAAAGCAGCGGACCUUUUGCCGCCAUCCAUACCACUGGCUCGUCCUAUCGCUCCCAACAGUAUCCCGUCUUCCCUUUAUGCAGUCGAUGCAUCCCGGAGCCCACAGGCAGCCCGCAUUUCGAUCAGCCAAUUGUUGAACCCAGAGCCGCUGCGUUCAGAGCGUCCUGCCAGUCUUCUCACAGUCUCAACGGUGUCAGCUCAGGACUGGACGGACGUAGAUAUCCUGUUGGGCAGAAACACGGCUAGCGACUAUGAAUCUGACGUGGAGAUGGAGGACGCAGAAGAGGAUGAGGAGGACGAGUCAGAUGACAUGGAGGGUGAGAAGAUCAAGCAAGGCCUGUCAAAUCGAGACGUCUCGAGCACAUUCAAUGCUACGACCUCGUCCCCAAUGCAUUCACGUCAAACGACAUUGGCUUCGUUCUUUUCUGGUGUGAAACAAAAAGAGCCUGAAACCCGACCACCUCUCCCAACAUUUCGCCCGAAGAAGAAGCUGAAAACGCACACGAUCCCGAUACCCACACCACACACUCCAGGAAAGAGCCAUACAUCGAAGUGGGCCCAGAAGAUCAAGCAGCAAUUCAUGGACCAGAAGUUUGUAGUUGAGCCAGAGAAGUACGACAAGUGGAAGCAAGAGAUUCGGAAACUGGACCCGCUCGCUGAGUUCCAUCCUAAACCUGAAUCCAUGAUGACAUGGGAGAACUUUCGAACAGUGCGGCAUGCAAGGUGUGGGACACAUGUGUUAUUAAAGCGACCAUACGACAUCUCCCGCUAUCGAGACCAUCUCGAGGCCGGCUGUGCAAUCACACACAAGGGUGCAGGGAUGCAGACACUCUUCACGCAUUUCUCUGCCUCUGAAUCAAGAUCAGGCGGCGCUGCAACUCCCCUUUCCCAAUCCUUGGACGCUCGUAUUCACGAUGAGCCCUGCCCCGGUGUGACUGAGGUCGACAUACCGCACGUGGAACGCUACUUGAGACGAACCGGUGCAAUGGGUGGAGGGUCUCGCUCUGUCUACAAGAUUGCGCAGGCCCAGUUCAAGAACACUUUCAGUGGUCUGUCAUCAAGGAAACAGGGUGUGGUGCGCGAUACCCAACAGCACGAGUUGCGAUGGAGGAAUGAUCAUCAGCGUCUACGUGUGUUCUCCACUUCAUGUCAGAAAACGGUCCCUGCCGGCGAUAUUCGAUGUCUGCCCUGCUCGCGAUGUUUCUCUCUCCUGUCCGAUCGGGACUUCAAGCGUGCCUUGAGGAAGACAGGACCAUCGAAUCCCAAGAACUACAUAUACACCCCAAAGGAGUUUCAAAAUCAGACUCUUGGGGAGAUAUAUGGGCGCCACCAAGGAUUACAAGCAAUCAUUGAGCAACCUGUGAGUGAUAAAGACGAUAUCACCGCCUGUAACUCAUGCGGCGAGAUCCAGGAUGCAAAAUCCACACCCUGCAUUCGUUAUGCCCAGGGAGUCCUUGAAGGGAAAUACACUAACGAGGUCUUCAACGGACUUGUGGAGGCGAUGGUCUCAACGGCUGAUCGAGAAGAACGCGGGGUUGGAAUGCAGAACUUCAAAUAUCCCCCUGCAUUUGACGAGUUCUGCAAUGUCAUGCGUAUUACCAGUCCGGCGACCUAUCGUGUCUUCAAAGACCAUCUAACAGGGCGCAGCGAGAGAAGUUUCCGAAUCAAAGAGGCCCGCGAACCGCGCUUUCCCAUGGAUAUCUCAGACGUCAAUUUCAAUUUGGUUUCCGACUACUUGAAUGCAAUCAAUUACCAUGGUCCUGUUGGGUUGAGCUGUGACGACACGAAGCUCUUUGCCUCAUUUCGACUGUAUUGGGACAGUGAGAAGAAGUCUCAUUUUCUAGUCGGCGGAACCGAUGGACCUCUUCGAGUGGCGGAUCCCGAGCAGGUCAAAUCAGUCAUCAAGGAUGCAAAGGCCACGAAAGCCACAAAGAUACGCUUGUGGUGUCUGACGGUACCCAUGCCCGGUAUCACACCAAUUGUCGUGGCGGCACUGCCAAUACCAGGAGACCUCAAGGUCGGAACGUUACUCGAGCACCUAACUAAGGUUGUGAAUGGACUACUAGACCGCGGAAUCGAAGUCAUCUCGUACGCAUGCGAUGGAACGCAGGUCGAACGAUCUGUCCAGGACGCGUUCGUCAAGCAGGCCACGGAAACGGAGACACACACCAUAAAGGAUCCGAGACAGUCAGGGCGUGACUUGUGCAUAAAGAUUGCCGUGGUCAAAGGGCAGCACAUUGCUAUGAUGCAGGAUCCAAAACACGCUUUGAAGACGUUCCGUAACAAUCUGUUCUCGGGCGCGCGGCUUCUGUGUCUGGGGAGCUACACAGCAAUUUACGAGCAUAUUCGUGAAAUCGCAUUUGCGGAAGGUUCCACCCUUUUCCAUCGCGAUGUCGAGAAGCUCGAUCGACAGGACGACAAUGCUGCGGUGCGAUUGUUUUCGGCAGACACUCUAAAGUAUCUGUCUGAUCAUCACCCUGGGUAUCUGGGGGAGAUCGUCUAUCUCUUUGUAUUCGGCGAGCUCAUUGACGCAUACCAAAGCCGGUCCAUUGAUCACGCGGAACGAGCGAGGAUGGUGCUUCGCGCCCGAUACUUUGUCGACUCCUGGAGCACAUUUCUCGACAUCUCCGGUUACUCAAAGACGGUGUAUUUCCUUUCUCGGGAGGCCGUCGACAUCAUCCGAUUCGUUGUGGAAGGUUAUCUAUCCCUGGUCUUCAUACAUCGGGAUCACCUCAACGUCUUACACCCUCUGCUCCCUUGGUUCCAUGCCAGUGAGGCUUGUGAACACGUUUUUGGCUGUGCUCGUCAGAUUGUGAAGGAUUUCACGAUGCUUGACUUCCUUUACAUGGUCCCAAAACUUCGUGUGAAGAUGCGAAGCACUGUCCUGCGUGGGAAGUCCUCAGAUUCAAAGAAGAGCGCGAAGGGCUACUCGCACACCUACUUCGAUGUCACGGGUCUAAACUUACGUGCUUUAUCUACCUUUCCAGACGACCUAACCAUCUCCUCCAUUGCUUCCGGAGCACUCGAAGAGUCGGACAGUCUUAUUUUCUUGCUCGGCAUCACACCGGUCCAGUUACACUCGGGCCCGUCACCGUCGCGCACCGUCCUGCCCAACAUAGCGUCAUGGUUCACCGUGGACAACGACGGGGAAUCCGAUAUCGACGGCAAUGGCGGCGAGUUCUCGGAUACUGAGAGUGUGUCGGACGCGCAAGAGCUACAUGAUCUUGUGGAGGAGGCUCAAGGACGGUUGGACGCUGGUCCUAAGAGCAAGCGGGCGGAGCUAUUAGACCUGACCGCUGCUGCACUGGCAUUAGAGGCUGACGCGAUGACCCAGAUCCACCAUGUACCCGACCCGUCAGAGGAGGUUGUCGAUGAGAUGCUUGCUGAAGAGCAGGAGAAUAUCCGAACGAUCUUCGAGUCGAUCAACCCCACCGUCAUUCCCUCGCUUGAGAUGUCCGACGACUUGCCCUCAAAACCCAUUGGGAAAGGCCUCGUCACCGCCGCCCGUCUCGACUUUGAUUAUCUGGUACACUUGCGUUCUAUUCACCAGACUGCACAGGCUGCACGGUCGAUCAAGACACGCACCAUCGGCUUGAACGACUCUUUGCCGACUUUGCAGGCCCGAUCUACCGCCCACCGACAGCUUGUUCGUAAGCUCAAUGCGGCCCUUCGAGAGCAGCAGGAACAGGCAGUGGGAACUGGAGCAGAACGAGGGCUGCGUUGGCGGAACUCAGCACCUGGAGGGCGCGGUGUGGGAGACAAACGGAAGGCAGGUAACAGCGAGAACGCUGCAGCAACAGCGACUGCACUGGCACGCGCGGCGGCGACUAAACGAAAAAAGGUGUUCAUUGACGCAAAGGUCCCAAACCUGUCGGAGGUCAUCGAUGCCCGAAUCUCAAUGAUACGUCCAUUACUUCCAGGACAGUACGGGUUCGUCUUCACAUCUCAAGGACUCAUGGUCGGCAAGGUCUUUGCAAUGCGCGCGAAAGGAGGUGGUCAAUAUGGCAAACACGACGCCGUUACGGAUUCAAGUAGCAUCUCGGCAUUAUCGAAGGUCUCGGUCCAGCUUUUCGAACAGAUCCACGGUGCCCAUUUCCGCUCCAUCCCCACCGCAACAGCGUCUCUCCAAACGUUACAAUUCGCUCAUCUCCCCUCGAUCGCAUUCUUAUGUGUAAUUUCGGCACCCGAGGCUACGCCUUCAGGACUUGUUCUCGCUGAUAGUGAAGUCCAACGCUUCAAAAGCCUUGCGCUUGGUAAAGCAAAGUUCGCAUUGGCCUUAAGUAACUUCAACAAACGCGUUAGAGCCGAGGAGGAGGUCGAAUAGGGCGCAAACACGUCAGAAAUGCUGCCAGAGCUCGAAUUUUCAAUUUCAUAGGCAUCUACAUAGGAAAAAAAUGAUUUUUCGAGGUCAUGUACAGAUUGGACAAAAAUCCUGGGCUCAAGACCGAUCGACGUUGGACAGAUCUCGGGCCGGCCGGCCGAUUUUGGGGCUAACCUCUGAAGCUAUUUUCACAGGUCCUUCCGAUGCCUGCUCAUGUUGUACACACUUGCCUCCGGCCCAAGUUGGCUCUCCCCGGAGUGCACGACACUGGCGCACUCUGCAGCAAUAUUGGAUCGACUUCGCACUUCGCCAUGGAUUCAGGGCACGCCAAAUUCUGAGAGGAAUGCGGCUCUCAUCGGAGUGAAACUGGUUGUUCACAGAUGUCAUUCGUUUGAGUGGGUCAAAAAGUUUCAAGAAACGCGGGUGUCAGACCCCGCGAGGCAUUCGUCACGAGUCUGAAAUGCGGCAGCCGCAACGACCAUCCGUGCACACACAUUCUCUGGCUAUGUGGAAGCUAUGCUUGGCGCAACAGCCGUAGAACUUGGGCGCUACUAGGCUCAAUCAACUGGAAGACCAGAUUUCUCAGCUGUGGCAUCCUCAUGCACCGAAGCAAUCGACACGAGGGAAAGUCUACCGCGCAUGGGUACCGCCCGGGACCUCGCGUUGAUCCACGCUAUCACCUGGGUGCCAUUCGACUACCGUUCCCUACAGUCCAAGAUGUGUAUGCGACAGAGAUGGUCGCACAUUGGGUGUCGUGCCAAGAUUUGAAGCACUCUCAUGCGGCUUAGUAUCAUGUCUUCGACAUCCGAGCCCGUCUAGGAGGGCCACAAGCCUCGCCGCUCUGUAAACGCUGGGUUGAUGGCGAUAUUCCAAUCCCUAUGUGCCAGAGAAAGCAGCAUUGAGAGUACCUGGCUAUCUGUGUGCUGUUUGCGUAAACGGCACAAUGGGUGAGUCGAUUCAUCGCACUUCAGCUUCAGUGUCUCAUUUUGCGGCAUUAGUUUGGUCGUCUGUGUGGAUUUCGAAGGCACUGAAGCUCGAGGUGCAGUGCACUUCCGUAUGGGAGUCGUUGCUCGCCGAUUGCUGGCAGAUCUCAGGCCUCGGCGACGGGUCGGCUGCCGACAUGUUCGCAGCGUUUCGUUCACUACGGGCUCCCGUAGGACGUCGAGCAGUCAGAGGUCAAGGAUAGGACCCCCAAUCCUCACGCACGUCGCUCAAGAUGAGAUCCCAUUCAUGAGUCAUACAAGUCGGUGUCAACAAUGUCUUGACAUUGCGAUGCUGCUUUGCACUUGUCAUCCCAAACUAUCCGUGUGCACCGGUGACCCUCGUGGGCAAUAAUCGCUAAAAAAGUCACAAGGCUCGAGCAGACGCGGUAAUCUUGUUUCUCGAUCGACGCCCCAAACGCGCACAGCACGUCAUCCCUCACACAUGCCGCUACAUACGCGGUCGCUUCGACGUGACUGGGGCGGCCGGCCCGAAUCCUCCUCCUUGCCUUGGUUCUCGUACCACGCAGUGACACAGCAUCCUGGCCGCGGGGAUUCGCACCCUACCCCGUCCAAGACGGUGCACACGGACGCGUCGUCAUUGGUCACCCACUAUCAGACUGGGCACCUCGGAGCAUUUCGGCUACUGUUCCCUGCAGUCCAAGAUAUGAAUACGGCGGAAACGGUCGCACAUCGAGUGUGGCGCGAGAUUCGAAAUACCAUCAUGUGGAUUCUCAUGCUUCGACACUCGAAAAAACAUCGGAACGAGACAGGUUCUGGAGCGCAGCGGGCCAAACCGCUUCCCAUUGUACCUGUCUGAUCGCCACGAUUCAGCUAGCUGCUCUGGGGACUUGUCCUGGUCGCCCAAUCCGACGACCUGCCUAGUUCUGCGUUCAAGCUUUAUGCUUUAUCAAAUCUUUGACGCUCUUCCUGCUGUUGCCGAAGCCUGGAUGGACGGUCUGCCCCCAGCACGCGCGACGCAGCACAGCAGCCAUCUCUUGUACAGCCAGUAGUGUUGCCGCGGUUCGGUUCGGUCCGGUUUUUCGACAAAAUUUCCGAACCUUGAACCGGACCUCAUCUCAGGUUCAAUGCCUUGGCCGAACCUGAACUUGACCAGCGGUUCGGUCCAUAGCGGUUCGGUUCUGGCUCCCACAGGUUCGGUUCAGGUUCGAACCGGUUCGAACCUGGCUUUUUUGUAUAACUUCAUGUAUCUCAUAAAUUGUUCUAAUCUUGGUGUAUUUUGCUUCCAAUUUGAACUGUGU